AUGGAUCGUUGGAAUACGUACGGCAACGCUGUAUAUUGCAACGAAUAUAACGAGGAUAUUUUGGACACCCUAAAAGAAUGUGAAACGAAAAGACAAACAGUUAGUUUUACUUCGCCCCAGCUAAACCAUCGUCAAUCGCUCGUUGAUCUUAUUCGUGCCUUCUGCGAACAAAAAUCCUUCCAUCGGGAAACGGUCCAUUUAGCAAUUUAUCUGCUCGACGUGUUCAUGAGUAAUCAUGAUAUUGCAGAUAGUCAGCUCAAAUUGGUCGCCUUUACGUGUCUAUAUUUGGCGUGUAAGAUAGAGGAAAACGAACCGCACAUUCCCACAACGAACACAAUUAGCAAAUUUCUGGGGAAUGCUUAUAUACCCGCCGAUUUCAACGCUAUGGAAGUGAUGAUUUUGAUCUUUUUUGAUUGGCACCUUACCAUUCCGACUGUGGCCACAUUCCUCAAUAUUUUCUCCAUGCACGUCUUCGAUGAAGAUGAUUACAUCAACCAAUCACAGCCACGUUCAAAAGAUCGAAUGACUUCGCUUCGCCGAACUGCGCAAUGCUUGUAUGAAACAUGCAUAAAAAUUGUCGAUUCCACACUGAAUAAGUUGGAGCUAUGCAAUGUUACACCUUCCUUACUAGCUGCCGGUUGCUUCGCCACCGCUCGCUGUCUCACCUGGAACGUGAAGGCUUGGACCAACCGAUUGGCGUAUGAAACUGGCUAUGAAUACGAAGAGGUUCAUGAGGUGUACAAGAAACUUUUGUUUGAUGUAAUACCCGAGUUUCAGUCCAAUAAUGGCAUUCUCAAGCGCUCGAUUACCGACUCGGGGUAUCUUUCUUCUGCGGAAACAUGUAGCACCAUUUCAAUCGACACUGUCAGCGACUACGAGAGCGAAAACAGUAGCCGCAGUGCUUGUGGGGAAAGUAUGACCAGCUCUGAAAACAGUAACAUGAACUCUGGUGAGCGAAACACAAAAAAGCGAAAGAUUAGUACCACGGAAUGA